UCCCUGUUGGUAAGAGACGGAGCUUCCACAAGCCAGACAGACGUACUCAGGCUUCUUUUCCUCCCUUUCUCCGCUUCAUCGUCUCCGAAUUGCGUCACCAUGGCGGACCCAGAAACUGAAGGCCUGCGAAGCAUCUUCCCCUCUUACAUGGCGGAGGGCGAGCGGCUCUAUCUGUGCGGGGAGUUCGCUAAAGCCGCCCAUAGCUUCAGCAACGCUCUUCACCUUCAGAACAGAGAUAAGAACUGCUUGGUUGCCCGCUCCAAGUGCUUCCUCAGGAUGGGAGAGCUGGAGAAAUCCCUGGAAGAUGCUGAGGCUUCACUCCAGGGUGACCCGACUUUCUGCAAGGGGAUUUUACAAAAGGCGGAGACCCUGUACACCAUGGGAGACUUUGAAUUUGCCUUGGUGUUCUAUCAUCGAGGCUACAAGCUGAGGCCCGAUCGGGAAUUCAGAGUUGGAAUUCAGAAAGCCCAGGAAGCCAUCAACAAUUCAGUGGGAAGUCCUUCUUCUAUUAAGCUGGAGAACAAAGGGGACCUGUCCUUCUUAAGCAAGCAGGCGGAGAGCGUGAAAGCCCAGCAGAAGCCUCAUCCCGUGAGACAGCUGGUACACCAUCCCAAGAGAGAGUCCAAGCGGAAGGGCUCGCUCAAGAGCGAGAAGACCAUCCGACAGCUCCUGGGCGAGCUCUACGUGGACAAGGAGUAUCUGGAGAAGCUCCUGUUGGAUGAAGACCUGAUCAGAGGCACCAUGAAGUGCGGCCUGACCGUGGAGGACCUCAUCAUGACGGGCGUCAACUACCUGGACAGGCGCAGUGACUUCUGGAGGCAGCAGAAGCCCAUCUACGCCAGGGAGCGGGACCGGAAACUGAUGCAAGAGAAGUGGCUGCGGGACCGCAAGCGCCGGCCCUCACAGACGGCCCGCUACAUCCUCAAGAGCCUGGAGGACAUUGACAUGUUGCUGACCAGCGGCAGUGCUGAAGGCAGCCUUCAGAAAGCUGAGAAAGUGUUGAAGAAGGUUCUGGAAUGGAACAAAGAGGAGGUGCCCAACAAGGACGAACUGGUUGGAAACUUGCACAGCUGCAUAGGGAAUGCCCAGAUCGAGCUGGGGCAGAUGGUGGCAGCCCUGCAGAGCCACAGGAAGGACCUGGAGAUCGCCAAGGAAUAUGAUCUUCCUGAUGCCAAGUCCAGGGCCCUGGACAACAUUGGCAGGGUUUUUGCCAGAGUUGGGAAAUUCCAGCAAGCCAUUGACACAUGGGAGGAGAAGAUCCCUCUGGCCAAAAGCACCCUGGAGAAGACCUGGCUGUUCCAUGAGAUUGGCCGCUGCUACUUGGAGCUGGACCAGGCCUGGCAGGCCCAGAAUUAUGGUGAGAAGUCCCAGCAGUGUGCCGAGGAAGAAGGGGACAUCGAGUGGCAGCUGAACGCCAGUGUUCUGGUGGCACAGGCACAAGUGAGGCUGAGAGACUUCCAGUCGGCAGUGAACAACUUUGAGAAGGCCCUGGAGAGAGCGAAGCUCGUCCAUAACAGCCGGGCACAGCAGGCCAUCAUCAACGCCCUGGACGAUGUCAACAAGGGCAUCAUUGAAGAGCUGAAGAAAACCAACUACAGGGAGAUACUCAGAGAUAAGAAGGAGAAAGAUGCCACUACGUUGGAUAGUAUAACAGUGAUGGCAAAGGAGAAGGAAACGAUGAGAAUGAGAGAUGAACCCGAGAAGGUCACCGAGAAGGUGAUGAAGCAGUGCGAGCGGGAGCAAAUGGAGAGUGAGAAAGCGACCGAAGGUGACUUGUCUAAGGAAACCCUGGGGAUCACAGCUAGUGGACCAGAAGAACAUAGGCAGAGAGGAGAAGUAGAAAAAGCCAGCCCCUCAAGGAGAAAAGGACCAGCUGCGAUGGAGGGAGGUCCAGGAGAUGUUGCCGAGGGACAAUCCGGAGAAGCAGGCAGGAAACUAACAGCAGUGAACAGAGGGGAAACAAGAGAAAUUUACAGGAGGCCUUCAGAACUGGACCAAAACCUCUCAGAAGAAUCAAGCACGAGGGAGUCCGAAGGACUAGAGAAGACACUUUCAGAAAUCGGCAGAAGAGGGUCCAAAGCACUGGGGAAAACAGAAUCGGGAGAAAUAAGAGAACCAGAAAUAACAGAAAAUUCUGAAAAAAUGGAAAAAGAUGAAAAGGAAGACGAAUGAAGCCAUCGAGUAGGCAUUACAAUCAGGAGGCUGGUGUUCACAGGGACCACGGAGAUCUUAUUAAACUGGACCUUCAAGCUGAGAUUUGUCUCUAAUAGGAAAACAUGUGGACUGGGUCCCACAGGUCACCUCUGUCUCUUUCUAUUACUGUGUUCCCUUUAAAUGUGCAUCUUUCACUCUUACAAACCCUGAGUCUGUCAUUUUGCCUCCUUACCCCCACCCAUUCUCAGAAGAGCCUUAGAGAAUGAAUGAGUGGGCAUGGGGUACCACUUUCCAAGCAGAACUCUGAUGUUCUGAUUAGGUGAGAAACACGGAGACCCCCAAACAAGGCCUGACCCAGAAUGUGACCAAGGUGUGAAAUGCGGUCCUCCUCCCCAGGCCCUGUGCAAGGACCUCAUGGAAGAAAUGAGAAAGGUGCUAAGAAGAAAGGGUUUCAGGAGAGUGAAGAAACGGACGAGCUCCAAGGAGCUCAAAAAGCUUAAAGGGGGGAGGAAAGAGAAAGGCCUGGGAGUAGAGGUGUGUCUGCCCAGCUGCUGGCCAUUGGUCUUGCUGAGUACCUACUGUGUGCAGGGCACUGUGGGAGGCUUUCUGGAAGAAAUAAGGAUGGGACAGCCUCAGCCACCACACAGUGAGGGAGACCUACUUGUAAACCCCUAAGCCUUGAAAACAGAAUGAAGUGCACGCUGGCACUGGUGGGGCUCUAGGAGCCCAGAGGGAGAAGGAAGGUGUCUGCCCACGAACAGGGAGUAGCUGAGAGUAGGAGCUGCGGCUGGACCCACCUGUGCCACCCCAGGGCCGGGCGGUACAGUCAAGUAAACCAGGCUCCUCCAGCUUGUCUCCUCCUCUGUGUAACGAGUACCUGCCUCAGUGACUGGUGUAAAGAUUAUACGGGUGCUUAGCACAGCACGUGGCGCACAGGAAGCUCUUAAAUACCCACCCACUGCGCUUUCGGUGGUUUCACAGAGGGGGUGGCUGAGCAGCUGAGGACGCGAGUUAGGAUUUCAUUACAUUAUUCAUCCGCUCCUUUGGCCACUGCCAUCCUAGUCCCAAACGGCUGCGGUUGGGACCUGCCGGACUAGGGGGAGGCAAGUGAGGCAUUUCAGAUGCAACUUUUAAGGAACGUAGGGCCAAAAAACUCAAUAAGGAAGAGAAAGUAUUUUAACGCAAUACUGUAAAAAACAAUCAAUGCAAAACCCGAUGAUGAGUAAAAUAUCAAAAUUUAAAAUAAAGACAGGAUUCGACCUUGUACUUGCACGACCCUGCCUCCCUCGCCUCAACCUAAUCUCGGCGCGGGACCCGGGAGGGGUGACUGCCUGCCUCUUCAAGGAGUUCAUCAUCACCUUGUACAAGAAGAAGAGGCCGCACAAGCCCUCCGCUUCCCACCCCCCAGCGUCCGUCGCCGCACAGGUGCCUCGGAGCCCAGGUGCCCCAUGCGCCGGGCGUGCGGGAG